AUGAAGGUCUCUGCCAUUGUCGGCGCGCUGUACGGCUUGCUAGCCACUGUCGAGGGCACGCUCUACCGUUGGCCGUCUCCGUACGAUGAGAUUGAGGACAUCUUGUCGCUACAAAGCGGCUACCUCGCCCGGAAUUUCGUCGCCGGCGUGACACCGUGCUCCCAAGGCGGAAACGUCAAAGGUCGCCAAAACGCCGCCGAGUGGAUCCGCACCGCGUUCCACGACAUGAUCACGCACAACCAGCGCGCGGGCACCGGCGGUCUCGACGGAUCCAUCUGGUUCGAGACCACGCGGCCCGAGAACAACGCGCGCGCCUUCAACAACACCUUCAACUUCUUCAACUACCUGUACUCGACGCGCGCCUCGGCCGCCGACCUCUUGGCCAUGAGCGUGGUCGUGUCCCACAGCGGGUGCGGCGGCACGACCAAGAUUCCGUUCCGCUACGGCCGCGCCGAUGCCCCCGCCGCCGGGCCCUACGGCGUGCCUGAAACGCACACUCCGCUGGACACGACUACGCAGCGGUUCCUGGACGCGGGGGUGAGCCGCGAGGAGAUGAUUCUCUUGGUGGCGUGCGGACAUACACUUGGGGGCGUGCACAGCGUGGAUUUCCCCGAGCUCUCGCCGGGGAGUAGUGAUCCGUUCAACGACACGGUGACGCACUUCGAUAGCACGCCGCACGCCUUUGACAACGCGAUUGCCACUGAGUUCGUCAAGGGUACCACGAGGAACCCGCUCGUGAUUGCCGCAAACGAUACGCAGAAUUCCGAUAAGCGCAUCUUCAACUCGGAUCGUGGAAAGGUCAUGCAGACGAUGGCGCGCAAGGCUUCGACGUUUGAGCAGAGGUGUUCUCAGGUGUUUAGCAAAAUGAUUGACACCGUGCCGAGGAAUGUCCGGCUCUCCAGUCCCAUCGAGCCCAUUGAUAUCAAGCCCUACAUCACCGACUUAACGACAGAGGGUGCCCGAGCAGGGCGCGACCCUAAUGAUCUCUCGGCGCACAUUACCUACGCCGACCGCCGCGGUUGGGGAAGCGUCAAGGUCGCCACGACGCAAGCCGGCCCUACCCAAGGCCUCUACGGCGAGACGUUCACCUGGUUCGAGUUCACCACCACGAUUUCUCCUAGCUCAGGCAUCAGCAAGUUCUAUAUUCACCUUACCGUGCCUUCCAAGAAGCGCACGACUCUUCACACUAACUGGCUCCUCGGCUACCCCGUUGAUGACGCGCUGCUCUACCAACGAGCCGCCUCGUGCGUGUCCCGCACAAGCGUCAACGGCGGCCGCCCCAUGACUGCCACCGUUGCCGUGCUCAAGAGUCGCGCCAGCGCGCCGCUUACCAUGGACGUUGUGCGUAUACAGACGAGAUCAGGUACUCUUGUGCGCAGCCUGACCACGGAGACGCUUCCUUUUGCCAAGAAUGGCGAGGAGAGGGAUGGAUAUGUCUUUUUACGGCGCCCGUCUCUUUGA